GUCAGUGUUAACAUUGGACUAUUCACGAAAUGUCAAGUGUUCGUUUUAUUACAACUGCCAGCCUUUGUGGAGCUUCUAUGGGAAUUGGUUUAUUUUUUGGUACCAAAUAUGAAAGGCUGAAGAAGGGAAAUAAAGAUCACCUAACUCAUCUGUUACACUUGACCGACACCAAAGCAUUAUUCGUUCCGUCAGUUUUUGCCUCGUCGUCUAUUCCUGCCACUACAAGUACAAGUAUGCCUGCAACUUUUCCACAAUCACAGCCUGUAAAUCGCGUGUCAGAAAUCAUGAAGUUUGGCUUUCCAAGUUUGGAUCAAGUUCGAUCAUUUGACAAUUUUGUACUGUCUUAUGACAGAAGGAAUAGGAAUGCACAAUGGGUAUUUGAACACAUUAAACCAGAACAUGUUAUGAAGAAUGAAAACAUCAAGAGAGGUAAAUCAGAAUUCCUGGAAGACAACAUCAUCCACACAUUCUUUCGGGCUACAAAAAAUGACUUCAAAAACAGUGGCUAUGAUCGAGGACAUCUUGCAGCGGCAGCUAACCAUCGCCACACACAGAAAGCUAUGGACCAGACUUUUACUCUCAGCAAUGUAUCACCACAGGUAGGAGAGGGGUUCAAUAGAGAUGCCUGGAAUGAUUUGGAAAAGUAUGUCCGAGCGAAAGCCAGACAAAGCAGAAAUGUGUAUUGUUGUACAGGACCUCUCUAUCUCCCAAGACGUGAAAAUGAUGGCAAAGUGUAUGUAAAGUAUGAAGUUAUUGGUAAAAAUAACGUAGCCGUUCCAACACAUUUUUUCAAGGUUUUGUUGAUAGAAAACAAUCAAGGACAGUUUGAACUUAUGCCUUUUGUUAUGCCGAACCAACCGUUACCAAAAGAUGUUAAAUUGAAGAAAUAUCUGGUACCUCUAGAAUCGAUAGAGAGGGCAGCAGGCUUUUUAUUAUUUGACAAGAUUCCAAGAAACAAUAUUAAAAUUAUAAGUGGGUGAUACAUAUGAUGAUUCCAAGUGAAUAGACUUGUUUUGAUAAAUUUGAAAGAUAUAACGUGAAGAAAAGAGUUAUAACUCAAUGUUGACUGUUGUAAACGUAUUUUUGAAAUUUUUACUUACUAUGUCUGUUUGUUUUGUUCCCACAACAUUAUGAAUAUGAUGAAAUUUUAUGCGACAGUCAUACAAGUGAUAGGUUUAGCUCGCUAUAAAUCAAAGUUAAAUCCACCAAUUUCUAUAUAUAAAAAAUUCUGUACCCAUUCAGAAUUAUGACAGCUGUUAUUCAUUCGUUUUAUUUGUUUGUGCUUUUGAUUUAGCCAUUUGCGUAAGGACUUUCCGUUUAGAACCUUUCUCGGAGGUCGGUAUGUUUGUUAUUUUACUGUUUGAUUAUUUACAGAAAAGUAAUAUCACAAACACUGACAGUAAAUUGUAAUGUUUGAUCAAAUCAACAUUUUAAGAAAAACUAUUUUAUCGAACUUUUAUUUACAAUAAUAUAUGAUAUUGGUGCAAAUUCAUAUAAGAAAUUAACAAAAUAUAUAUAACAGAAAUGGUGUUAAAGUUUUCUUUUUAUAACUUUUGAAUAAUGACACAGUAUAAUAUGGACCUGAAUAUUUAUAAUACUGACGAAAAUUCAAAAUGUAUCAUAUCGUUUAUGUAGUCAAAGUCUGAUAACUCAGUUUAUCGAGGAUGAAUAUUUCUAUACAUCUUUCAAACAACGACAUUAAGGAAAGUUUUUUUUCAAUUUGCUGUAUAAAUGUACAAAUUCAAACUUUUUAAUAUGGAUUUUGUAACUGGCGUUUUCUACAUUAGAAAAUGUCUUCACUAAGUCAGGAUUCUGAUAGUUGUUUUCAAUUCGUCUGAUGUGUUUGAGCUUGAAAUGUUGCUAUUUUUAUAAGGCCUAUUUGAUUUAAUUUUCCGUUGGAGAUUGGCACAGUUGUUAUUUUCCUUUUUUAAUAGAUUUUUGUUAUCGGAUAAACAUUUUCAAACGCAUUUAUUCUUUUUUUUUUCUUUUUUUUCAUUUGAUUGUUUAUAUUCCAUUUACCGUUCAUAAUAAUCAUGUGAGACAUAUAUUUUUAUUCCAACUAAUGUUUGGGUGUGUCCCAUUUUGUAAUAAAAUACAUUUUAUGGUGGAGUUAUGCCGCAAUAUUUAUUUGAGAAUAAAUGUGGCAUGUUGACUCUAGGUUAUCAUCGGUAAAAACGUACACAGUUUGGCCUUUAUGCAUUAAAUGUUCAGUAUUUUAUAGUCACAGAAAUCCUAACACACCAUAAUACUUAAAAGAAAUCUAUUAAAGAGAGACGAAAGAUACCAGAAGGACAAUCACACUCAUAGAUUGAAAAUAUAAGUCAUGAUUAAUUUAUAUCGAAUAUAUUUUUUGGAAAAUUCAAAACCACUAAAAAUAGCUUUUUAAUUACAUUAGAAUAUUAUACACAUAAAUAAUAUUCUCUGUAGUAUCUAAUAAGAUUGAACAAGUUUCAAAAUACAGUAUGUAUAACGUAAUUGCCAAUUUCCUUUUCUUGUUUAAAUGUGUGAACUUAAAAGGAAUGAUUCAUUUAAUAAAUAUUUUAUUCUUAGCUUUAAAUUUGUUCCUUUCGAACCGCUCUUGAUGUAGUCUGCUUAUCUUGCCUAUGAGAGGGUUCAGAAUGAAGUGUUUCCGCUUUGUUGUCGUAAAACGUGAACAAUUGUAAAACACAUAAUAAUGAUAUUAAGAUUCACGAAUCUUUUUAUCGUGUUAGUAUUUUAAUCAUUGGGACAUUUCGAAAUAAACUUAUACAACAACAUGUUUGAAUAAAUUCGAAAGGAAUCAUAUGUCUUGCUAUUUAAAUUCAAUAUUUUUAAAUAAUUGAAGAGGUAUUGGUUUAUUUUCUGCCAUUGUUCUUCACAAGUUGUCGAUCGUUUCAAACCGAUUGAUUUUUUUCUCAAUUGGUAAGUAUGCUGCACUUGGUUGUUAAAAAAGGCAUUGUUACACCUUUUUUUUUUUUAAAGCUUGAAGAAAAGAUUUAUUGACAUGGCAUUGAUUUCCGUUUUAUUUGUUUUUACCAAAAACUAGGAUGUUUUUAAAUUUGAUUUCAUCUUUUCGUAAUACGAAAGAGUAGGUUGGUAUCAGGGGUUCACUUUUGAUUAAAAACUCAUAACUAAGACUCAAUGCAUUAACUUCUACCUUAUAAUACAAACAAAAAAACAGGAUGCUACAUCACAAAUCUGAAUAAUUACAAAAGUUCGGAAAUUAUAAAUAUUGUAUACGCUGAUGUAUACGUCAUAUGACAAGAGAAAUG